UCUUUUUUUUUUUUUUUUAAUAAAUCACAAUAAAGAUAUGUAAAAAAAUAUAUAUAUAUAAAUAGAAAAUAAAUCAUUUCGUAUUCAAAUAUAAUCGUGCCUUCGAUGAUUAUUCGAAGGUUCUUAAGGAUAUAUCUAUAAUAUUUUUAUCGGUAAAAAAAAACAUUUCUUGCCAGUUAUAUUUAAAUUAUAUAACUUAUACAUUUUAUGAUGAAUCUCAAAUUAUCUAAUAAAAUAUUGAUUCAAUAGUUAUUAGAAAAUUUUUAAUUUGAAAACCACUGAAUGUAAACAUGCGAAUAUGACUGUAAUGCAAUUACUUCAGAAAGGAAAAACAGUUUCGUAUUAUAGAAAAAAAAAAAAAAAAAAAAAAAAAAAAAAUAAAAAAAAAUAAAAAAAAAAAAAUAAAAAACCAAAUUGUUGUUAAAAAAAUAAAAAAUUAUUAACAAUAAAAAAAUAUAUUUACAAAAACUUAAAGCACUUUUUGAAAAUAUCCGUGCAUUUAACGAUAUUAUUAAGCAAUAUUCUUGAACAUAAGCGGUUACGUACGAAACCGGUUUUCUCGAAUCGUUGUAGUCGACAGGCUCGUCCUGAACGGACGAAAAGACCUAAGGUGAAAGUAAGAUGAUAAAAGAAAAAUCUUGACUUUUCGAAUCAACAAAUUUUCUCGGAAUAUCUUUUUUAAAUAACGCUAAUUAGAUUUAACUAAAAAUAUGCUCGGUAUUAGAACGCUUAUAUAUUUGGCCGGUUAUUGCUUACAGUGGAAUACCAACUAACCUAAUUCAUGACUUGUUUGCAAUCUGUAUCAUAAACGGUUAAUCCCGAAAAACGAAGAAAUACGUGUUAAUAUUUCUUCUAUUAUCUUAUCUUUGCAUUACAGAAAUAUAUAUAAACGAUAAUAUAAUUACUCGUUGAAUUAUUUGAAAUGGCUGUGGUUAACAAGUGGGAGAAUGCAUGUAGAUUGUGUUCAGAGGAGAAAAUCGAGAUGUUGCCAAUAUUUGGCAACGAAGGAGUACAACGCAAAGUGGCGCAAAAAUUACGGGCUUGUUUGCCAGUUUUAGUAUAUAAACAAUCACUGCCUAAACAAAUUUGUCAGUUUUGCGCAGCACGUCUGGAUGAUUAUGAGUUUAGAGAAUAUUGUCUUAAUGUUUACAGUAUGCAUGUAAAGUUGUUGACUUAUAAGGAUGUUGAAUCUUGUACAGAUAUUUUUGAAGCUAUGAAAAAUUCUCCUGACCCUUGCCAGGCACAACUCUGCACAGAAAAAGUUAGAGCUCCGCCGCCAUUAGUCCCAUUACCAUCGUUACUUCCUCUUGAAAGUUCUUCAAUGUCGACUGAAAUUAAUCGAGAGCAUCAAUCUAAUUGUUGUAUUGAGACAUUGACUGAACUACCAUGUGAAGUGGAAAUCGAAGAAGUAAACUCAGAAACAUUUCUUGGAGAUGAAACAUGUGAAAGUACAGAUUCAAAGACAAUAUCAGAGAAUGAAUUUUAUAUGGGAACAGACAAACAAACUGGUAUUAAUGUUCUUGAACAUAUGGACGAUGAAAAUGAAUUUUCCAAGGAAGAAAUAGGAACGAAAAAAGAAGAAAAACGAACUAGUAUUCUAGAACAAGUUUUGACAGGAAGUUUAACUAUGAAUGAUCGUAAGGAAUUAAAAGGCAGAGAAAAUUUAACGUCAAAGUGGUGGUGUGCACCUUGUAACAGUUAUUACAAAACAAGAGAGAGCUUAAUAAAGCACAUGCAAUUGCAUUGUCCACGUAAAUAUACGUGUAGAAAAUGUCCUAUGUCUUUUGAAUCGGUUGAAGAUUUGGCUAAACACGAAGUACUAAUCAUUUGAAAGUUUACAUUAGAUUUUGAUGAAAUAGUAAAAGAGUGUCAUCAGUGUGAUCGUAAAUUUGUUAGUUGGGAAAUGUUAAAGCAGCAUAGAAUGCGUGAGCAUUUAGGUGAAUCUAUUGCAAUAGGAAUGAAUACAUGGUGCUCCCUCUGUAACAGAUUUUUCCCUACUAUAGAAGCUUAUCACAAUCAUCAGCAGUUGCACCAAAAUAAUAACUAUAUAAUGGCACAAACACAACUUUCUAUGCAGUCUAGUAACCUUUGUAUAAUUGGUCUUGGAGAUUCUUCACGAGAGAUUAAGAAGGAACAUUCUUUUGAAAAUACAUCACUUACUUGUCCUACAUGUGGAAAAGUAUGUACACAACAAAGUGCAUUGUCAAAUCACAUGCGUAUUCACGAACCUAAAAGACAUAAAUGUGAUAUUUGUGGUCGAUCAUUUGGCUUAUUUAUACGUUUAGCAGCACAUAGAAUGAGUGAACAUAAUCAACAAUCUUCUAUGUCUCCUGUUAUGGCAUGCGUUGAACAGGAAGAAGCUUUAAAUGCUGCACGUGAAGCACGAGAGGCUAGAGAAGCUUGUACUCGUGGAGGAAGAGUCAGAACAUACUCAGAGGCAUUAGAAAGAGAUAAUAUGUUGAAAAGUGUUGAACCUUUAGCAAAACGGAAUGCUUCAAUACAUUCAUUACAAACUAGUGGAGUAAGUAAGAAUGUUGCACGCUGUGGUAUUUGUUUACAAUGGUUCGAUGAUCAUACAACAAUGUUGAUACAUUUGCAAACUCAUUCAGACUUCUAUACAUGUAAAAAUUUCACUUGCCACAUAUGUAAAAUAUCUUUUAAAGAAAAAUGGCAACUUUUCAGACACGAGAUGUCACAUAAACGUAUCGAUACAUCUUCCUCCUACAUAUGUAAUGUUUGCAAUAAAACAUUUUUAGAUAAAAGUUUACUCAAAGCACACGAAAAGACACAUACUAUGGAUAAAACGUAUCACUGUCCAAAAUGCAAUAAACUUUUUUUCAAAGAAGUUUCAUUGCUGGCCCAUCAAUGCGCGGGUGAACCAUUAUUUCGAAAAAGGGAUAUAGCUCCGAAAUCAACACAAAAAUCGAUAUUACAAAAUACCAAAAGAUAUAGGUGCUCUAAGUGUAACGCAUCUUUUAAUAAUUCACAAUCAAAGAACUUUCAUAUGAGAGUUCACGCAGAGAGUAUUAAUGCAGCAGUACGACAAAUAGAAAUAAAAGAAGAGGCAGAAAAUAAUAUAAUGCCAAAAUUAAAACCAGAAACAUCAUUAGAAUAUAUCAUGUCUCCGAUUGAACCAAAAGUUGAGAUUAACGAAGGAAGUACACCACCUCCAAUUAAGAGAACUCUCAUCAGAACAGCUGGAGGAUAUCGUUGCGGCGUUUGCCAAUCUCCAUUUGUUUUAAGAGAAUUAGCAGUCGCACAUUUGAGAUCUGCACAUCCUGUGAUGCCAUAUCAGUGCCCUUAUUGUAAAAAACGAUUUACAACUCAAUACACAUUUACACAUCAUAUUAAGACCGAUCAUCCUGACGAACCAGAAAAGUAAACAUUAACAAAGAAAAUCAUUUUUAGUAGUAAUAAUAUUAAAUAGUAGAAAUACAACGUAUGAAAAUGCAUGUUGCCUUUCUACUAAAAAAUGUGCCUCGUGUGAUAGAUAAAGAAGAAAUUCCUAUGAAAAAUAUGAAUAAUAUAUGCAAAACUUCGAUUUUGCGAAAGCAAAGAAAUGUAUUGCAUCUAGUUUCGAUGUUCCUGUUAAAGUAGCGUGAGACAUUGCAUUGUAGGUGUUCGUUAUUAAGGAUCAUAUCUGUCCUAUUCAAUGAUGUUAACAAUCCAAAGAUAUAUAGGUAUUUUCUCUAAUGAAAAGUGUGUUCAUAUUUAUUUAAUUUGCACUUACAAAAUAGAAAGAAGACUCAUUAGUAUCAUUUAUAACAAAAUAGUACACUAUAUUUCGCCGAUAUAAUAAUAAAAAUUAUUGAUUAUAGGGGAAGAAUUUGUACUUAUGCUUGAAUUAUAUAUAUGUAUGUGACUCGUAAAAGUAUAUAUAUAUAUAUAUAUAUAUAUAUAUAUAUAUAUAUACACAUGUACGUAUGUGUGUUAGUAUGUGAACUGCAAUGUCUUCUCGCCAAAAAAAAAAAAAUUCGAAAAAAUAAUAGAAUAUCAUAGUUUUGGAUAGAUAUAAUUUUAUAAAUGCAACAUGAAUAAAAUUUAUGUUAUAUUCAAUAAUAUACAUUCCCCUUUUUACCAUGCGAUCAGAAACAAAAAAAAAUUAAAAAAUCUAAUUUAAUUAAAUAUCAUAAAAAUCUAUUUUUCUCGUGUAUAAUAAAAAAAAAAAAAAAUUUAUGAAAAAUAGUAGUACUUAUGCAGCCACAGCCUGCUUGUUAUAUUUAUAAAAGUGUAUGUAUGUGUAUACAUAUAUAUGCAUACAUACAUACAUACAUACAUACAUAUAUAUAUAUUUAGAAAUAUGUAUUUACAAUAAACUAUUA